GGGGGGCCUGGCUGUCAUUCGUUGCCCUUUUAUCGCAUUGCAUCGCAUCUUUGAUCGCAUUCGUCUAUUAUUUCCCGGCUCGCAACAUUCGUUACAGCGGGCUGCGAUAAACUCCAUUCUCCGCCGCUGCCCCAACAGCAAAGCAGAAGCGACGAUAAUACACGCUCCGAUUUCCAUCUCCUUCUCAACAAUACGCUUCCACCCUUCGAAUCGCCGACUCGACACCUCUGAUUGCGCCUGGGCGGACAUAGAAUCGUCGUUCGUUUCCCCGCCAUACUUCAGCUUGGUGUCCAUUCUCGACAAUCGAAAGUCCAACAACAUGCGGGCCUCCAGCCUCUUGUCGACCCUGGCGGCCUUUGCCGUGCUGGCCUCUCCAGUGCUGGCCCAGAAGAAGGGCUCGUCCUCAAGCUCCGCGUCUUCUGCGUCUUCCGCGUCCUCAUCGCCCACCAAGUCGCCCUCCCAAACCGCCGACGACUCGGGCCCUACCGGUCUUCCCACGCUGACCGGCCCCGGCGGCCCUAUCCCGACAUACCCAGCGCCCACCGUGCCGCCCACCAAGAAUGCGCCCUUCAUGAAGCACUCCAGCGCGCCGGACGGCACCGUCUUCAUCGCCGUGGGCGCCAUCCUCGGCGCAUUUGGCCUCGGCGUUCUUCUGUGGCGCGUCAUCGUCAGCUUCCUGCUCCAUCGCUCCGUCCGCCGCGCCGCGCUGGCCCAGCACGAGGCCAACACCAAGACUGGCUUCCCAGCACCGCCCGCGCCCUUCUACAAGUACUCGGACCACGCCUCUCCCGCUGCGCCUUCCAGCGGCCGCGGCGUCCGUCGCACCAACCGAAACACCAUGACUCCGUCUGCCGCUCCCAGCCAGUCCAAUCUGUUCUUCUCGCCGACAGCAGCGGGUUCCACUGCUCCGGGUGCUCGCGGCUCGGCUUUCCUGCCCUCUGGCUUCUACGCUGCCGGAAACUCGUCUCCUGGUGGGCAGCAAGGCCCUUCCAUCAGCUUAACCAACCUGCGGCCUGAAUCGACGAGCUACCCCAACGGCUCGAGGGGCUCGCUCAUGGGCCCGUCGCCUCCCGACUCUCCUCACUUCUCCCCGCGAAGAGACAUGAGCAGCAGCUCUGUCAACCUAAACACGCGCCAGCCGGGGCAGCGGGCUCCAAGUGCCUAUCUCGAAGACUUGCUUGCCGAUGAGCCUGGCAGCCUUCCUCCGCCCCAGAUGCCGCGCGACAGAGCCAGUGGCAGUGGCAGCCCUCGAGGCAGCCCUCGAAACAGAUACUAAAUUUUUUUCCAAACAUUUUGUUUUAAAAAUGAUUAUUCUUAUUCUUUUCUAAGGCGUAUUUCUAAUAUUGUUAUUACUGUUGGUAUUACAAGUAUACACAGUUGGUCUAGUCUUUUGAUAUCUGUCUUGGAAGACUUGGGGUUCAUGGCGUCGUUGAUGAUAGUUUAUACGAUUUAUUUACCUACUUAUCCACUUUGAUUUCAUCUUGUUGGCCUAUGAUGAGAUCCCGUAAGCAGAGGACAAAUGCGGGCUGAAGGAUGUUGAGCUUUUGUCUUUUUUUUUUUGUUUACUACUUGCCUGUAUGGAGGAUUGCGCGUGGCCUUGUGAGAACACUUUUGUAAAGUCAAGUCUUGUUUAUUUUGAAGCGCUACUUUCUCUUCCGAGUACAUCUAUCUACGUAGCUUGUGUGUUAUGAAUGAUUGUCUGCUGCAGU